AAAAUUGUGAGUAUUAUAAGACAUGGUAGAAUUGUGAAUACAACAAAUAUAUUUCCAGCUAAAAGCUGUUUUCGCACCAACCUAAUCGAGUUGCGAGCUGCUGAAAGAAACGGCCCAGAGCUUCUUGUUCUCCGGAACAAAACCUUUUAGAAUUUUCGCCAUGGCCUCUGCGGACAAUGGAGCACCGAAGGAACCGGUGGAAAAUGAAAAACAGGGUAGUUGUGCCCAUUGCAACAGACCUGACUCCUACGACAACUACGUUCAGUGUGACCGCUGUCAUGCCUGGUGGCAUUAUUUGUGCGCUGGCGUAAAUGACUCAGUAGCCGACCGGUCGUUCACGUGUGAAGCUUGUUCCCCCGUCAGUGUGUCAUCUCGCGCAUCCUCAUCUAGCAGCAGGGUAGCAGCGAUGCAAAUUCGCCUGCGGGAAAUGGAAGAACAGUUUAAAAAGGCUCGGCAGGAGCUCGAGAAUGAACGACAAGCAUUCGAAAAGGAGAGGAAAUUACUACAACAAGAAAAGGUAAACGACCGCCGUGACGAUCAACGGACCGCCGAAUGGGUCGAGGCACACGGCGGAUACGGGACUAGCGCCAAAGGUCAAACAGCCGACCGGGAAGCAGCUGCAGCUACCGACCCACAUCGCCAGGGAAAUGUACAGGACGUAACCUCCCUCAACCCGGCCGCUAUUUCUUCCGCAAUGCAAGCGGCAAUCAACGCAGCGGUACAAGCGGCCGUGCAAGCGGCAUUCCAAACGGCCAAUCCUACUCGGAUUCAUCAGCAACCGUCUGGUUCCGAAGCGCCGCCUCGAUAUACGGGAGCGGUUCCUAAAUCGAAGCCCAAAGAUCUCUCUUCUACCAGGAUUGGGAAUGAUGAAGUAGGUAGCCUACAAAAAGGUAAACAAGAUACUCCUCUCCCCCCCGAAAAACCAUCAGGUAAGUCGCUCAAAAAUCAAACUCUCACCUCAAAUUACGAUCAGUGGAUCCAAGAAAUUACGAAAAGGUUCGGCAAUACCAACCUAGGCCACCCUACGGCCCCUGAAAUGCCUUCCGUUGGAACUGUCCCUUUGCAACCAGGGCAGCCGGCGAAAUCCAUUCAAAUUUCUACUUCGGAAUGGAACAAAGUUACCAAUGAUGUGCCAAAACUUGAUGCCACUCUUGGCACUGGCCCAAAUUUCAAUAAUUUGAACCUUCCAACUCAGGCAAACGUAUACCCAGUCUCUGUCAAUGCCUUGGGAUCCUUGGGUACGCCGUCAUACAUUCCCACCCCCUCGCAGCUAGCCGCAAGGCAAGUGAUGCCCCGCGAUUUACCGUCGUUCAAUGGUGAUCCCGCGGAUUGGCCCAUGUUCAUAAGUAGUUUUGUCAAUACAACGCUCGCGUGUGGUUAUACCAGUGCAGAAAAUCUUGCUCGUUUGCAACGGAGUUUAAAAGGUGAUGCGUAUGAGGCUGUCAGGAGCCGCCUGUUGCUUCCGGAUACUGUUCCCCAGGUGCUGAACACGUUGCAGUUACUGUAUGGACGUCCGGAGCUGCUGAUAAAUGCGCUUCUUCAGAAGGUUCGAUCGGUUCCAGCCCCGAAAGCAGAAAAACUCGAGACGCUAAUAGAGUUCGGUAUGGCAGUUCAAAGUCUUUGCGACCAUCUGGAAGCGGCUGGUCAGCAUACUCAUCUCUCUAAUCCAACGCUGCUGAUGGAGUUAGUAGAGAAGCUCCCUGCCCACACGAAAAUGGAGUGGGCAUCCUUUCUGCAAAGAUGCCCGGAGGUGAACCUGCAGAGCUUUGGUGUGUUCAUGUCGUCGAUCGUGAUUUCAGCCACAAAAGUGACGGGUUAUGCUGCCGGACUCAAACCGAGUACAUCGGACAAGUACAAAGGGAAGCCAAAAGGAUUCAUCAACGCCCAUGACGGAAACGGAGAAGAAAAGGUGCAAGAAGAUAGAGUGUGUUGUGUAUGUGACGAAUCAGGGCAUCGUGUGACAGAAUGUGAAUUAUUCAGAUCAUUUUCCGUGGACGGCCGAUGGAAGUGCGUGCAGUCCAACGGACUGUGCCGUAACUGUUUGAACGCUCAUGGGAGGAGAAGCUGCCGCUACAGCAGAUGUUGUGGAGUCGGAGGGUGUGAGUUUCGUCAUCAUCCUCUCCUGCACUCGGAUCGAAGCACCAGGACGUCAUAUGAUGGAACGCCCAAGGGAACCGCAAGCAACAACACUCAUCGACCCGCGAAGCAAUCUACGUUAUUCCGCAUUGUUCCUGUUACGCUCUACGGCCCGAAAACUUCAGUCAAGACCUACGCAUUUCUCGAUGACGGCUCGUCAUUCACGCUUGUCGAGGAAGAGCUUAUAUUGGUGAAAGAAGUAAAUACCGCACAGAAGAUGUCGGAUAUGAAAACCUCAGUUCAUCUACGUGGCCAAGUCAAGGCCAAAAUAACGCGCAUUCGUAAAGCGAUUGAGGAGGCUAACGCGACAAAUGCUCAAUAUGACUCCGCGCAAUUGAAAAUGUUUUCCCACAAUCUGGAAAAUCAUUACAAAGAGUUCUUGAACAUCCAUCAUCAUGUGGUGGCAGUGUGCCCUCCCGAGAGAAUUGAUGAGCAAGAUCAAGUAUACCUGGUGUUCGAAACACAAUUCAAUGAAACCUAUGUGUUGCUGGAACGAGCAAUACAGGCAAGCCGUGACCGUUCCGUGGUCCAACCGCAAGUGCAAACCAACGAAAGCCCUCGCAUCAUUGUUCAGCAGCAGCCAUUAAAGGCUCCAAUUCCAACUUUCGAUGGCAAACCAGAAAAUUGGCCUCGCUUUAAAACCAUGUUUUCGGAUGUGAUGCGAUCCUCCACCGACUCAGAUUGCAUCAAGCUGUACCAUCUCGAACGCUCUCUAGUAGGAGCAGCUGCUGGCAUUAUCGACGCACGCACUCUCAAUAACAACAAUUACGCCCACGCUUGGGAAAUUCUCGAAGACCGUUUCGAGAACAAACGGGUAAUCGUUGAUAUCCAUAUCCAAGGUUUAUUAAGUCUCCGUCGUCUGAACCGGGAAAAUCAAAAAGAGCUACGAGAACUCAUCGAUGAAGUGACUCGGCACGUCGAUGGACACAAAACGCCCAAUGGAGGUAUGUACGAACAGAUGAGAAUCCAGCUGAUGUGGUAUCCCGCGGCCAACUACCACAACAGCUUGCCGUGA